AUGACGCCCGACGACCCUCCGUUUCCCUCAAAUCCCCCGUCGCCACGCUGUGUCGAUGGCUACUUCCCUGUCCCAGUUGAUCCGCAGAUGGCCCUUGACAAUGAGACGAUUCUCAGGUUGAUUGACCAACUCCAGGCCGAUCGGAACGCAUAUCUUACAACCUUCGACAAGAUCCACGAGACCCUGAGCCAGGCCCUACGUCCCCAGCCUACCACUAGGCGUGGUUCUGUACCAACCUCCCCAGCUCGUCCUCUGCUCUCUUCGCCUGAUGCAUUGCAUUCCUCAGCUUCUGGUCAAUGGCCCUCCCCCAGGAUCCCUCCCAGUUUAUUAAGUCAUCGAACGGCCCCAAGCACCUACCUGCUCGAGCAAGAGCAUCACCUCAACAACACUCUGCCGAAGGGUUCCAUCUUGACCGGGGACGGGAGUUCUGACAGCGAUGACGACGAGUCCUUCUUCGCGCAAGACACUCUUCCCUCGAGAGAAUUCACCGAGGAUGAUCUAAUUGAACACCUCAAAACCCACCAAUGGGAUAUCUACAGCAAAUAUCUGCUACAAGAUCUUCUCCGAAACAUUGGGCUGCUAUCCAACGGGAUUUUCCUGAGGGACAGGCAUCAUCAGACAGAUGCCAAUCAUCAGCACGCAGACAUUUAUCAUGUUGGCACUGAUGGUGCCCCUUUGCGGUUCAGCAGAGGUGACUCGGAUGAAGGACCGCUGGCCACUUGGGAAGCGUUGAAGAACACCAACUGCGAUAAAAACAGGAAGCAAGCCGUCGGCCGCAUCAUCGUGAUUAGGGAGCCACCUUCGAUCCUGUUCGCCGCCUUGCACCUUACUAUGCAGGAGCAUUUCGACAUGGAUUCGAUCUACCGAAUGCUCAUCGACGAUUACACUCAAACCAGAGCCAUCACCAAGGGCUACCUUGAGAGAGAUCAUCGUCGUCAGAGAUCCAUAGUCUUUGUUUUCAAGUACCACACUAUUGUGGGAGAGGGGAGGUCUCCGCUCCCCUGGCAGAACCACGAUGACAACUUGGAGCCACAAGAAGGCCAUGUGCCGCUAUCAACAUGCUCGUCGGUAGUGGCACUUUCUCUGGCAGGCAAGCCGAGCCAUACCCUCCGGCGAAACUCUCGCAAAAGGAAAUCCAUCGUUGGACAUAUCUACGAUCCGUUCGCUCCCUGGCAUGUGUUGUCGGUUCAGUGUUUUCCGGACUGGAAGUCCAGUGUUGAUGUCCACGAGCACAACCAUCACUACGUCAAUGGCCCGGAUGCCUUCCUGGCCACUUUACUGUCUGAAUAUCGAGACGCGGUGAAGCGGUUCAAGGAAGUCCAUGCAGGCAUCCAACUUCUGGCCACACCGCCAAAUCGGUCGAUUUUCGACAGUGCUUUGCGAGACGAACUCCUGUUCGAAAACGACCAGUACACCUACUCACGGCGGUACUUUUGGGCGUCCCAGACACUUGGUCUUUUGAGCAAUGAGAUCAAAGCCAUGAUCGCUGCAUACAAGGAAACGUUCACAGACGAAUUCUGGUCCGGCGAGCACCGAACCCUCUUUCCGGGCACCAAGGAUCAGUCGUCACGCUACAGCAAUUGGAGGAAGAAGUUGUACCAUACCCGCAGGCAGUUCGAAAAAGAGGUAGGCCAGCUUGAGGAAGUGUUGAGGACGUUUCAGCAGCAGCAGAAAGAGAUUAGAGGCCUUCGGGAGUGGCUGUUCAGCGGUACAUCCGUCCUCGAGAGUCGGGAGGCCGUCAGCAUGGCCAAGAUCACUGUCGAUCAAGGUUACAAUAUUCGCAUUCUGACGCUGGUCACUCUGUUUUUCCUCCCUCUUACCUUUGUCACCUCCAUUUAUGGGAUGACGAACAUGCCUCCCGAAGACGGCUUUCUCCCAUUUGCGGUCACAACGGUUGGAAUUUGUGUACCCACAUAUUUCCUCAUCUUGGUCGUCAACAAUCGGGACGGAAUUAAGAUGGUCACGACAGCCUUGGGUCUAUUCUUCACUAGACUCGCAUCGUGCGCAGCGCCCAGGAAAUCCGAAAAAUUAAAGGAAAAGAUAUUGGAGCGUAGGCUCCCCCAGACAACGGAAAAGAGGCCCAUCAUCCAGAAGACGGCCACAUACGCCAGUCUCGAGGCACGUCUGUCUCACGAUUUGAGUGUGGACACCUCCCUCAGGGGAUCGCAGGGGUUUCUCCAAGCUACGACCCGACGCAUGUCCCAGACGAUCAGUAGCCACCUCCCUGGAACGGUGAGACGCCCUCCACAAGCUGCCACUCAUGAAGAACCGUUGGCGAAGCUUCCCACUUACUCUGAAGAGAUGAGCGAGGCAGCCCGCGAACAUCCACGGUCCAGCACUAUCAAAUUCGAAGAACCGCUCUACAGUCCAACAAGGGGACGAGGGGCUGACGCAGAAGAGGAUGUACAGAACGGACCAGUGCGGUGGCGGACAGAAGAGUCGAACAGGACGACGCUGCAAGAUCUAGGUCAGUCGGAAUCUGAUUCCUCUCCGGCUUCACCAAACACGAGCCCGCCUAUAAUCGUCUCAGAUGCAGCGCCUGUUUCGACCCCCGUAACUGGGCUGGCUGUGCCUGUCGACACGAGGAACCGCACGCGGAGCGUCAGUCCCGGAAACACAGGCAGUAUGUCAGUCUUCAGGCGUCUCACAGAACGGUUCCCACAGCUACAGUUGUCGCCGCGCAGGUCGACUUCUGAAAGCCUAAGUCACAAAGAACCGGUGUAG